GCUAACCUGAAGUUCAGAAGGAGUUGAUGGUUCAGUGACAGCUCUCAAAACACCACCGACCGACAUGAGCGGAGGAAAAGGAGUCAGUUUUGAUCCUAAAGAGCACCAACACCUGCGUUACAACCCUCUACGUGACACCUGGGUCCUUGUGUCGGCCCACCGCAUGAAGAGACCCUGGGCAGGCCAGGUAGAGAAACCUCCCGAGGAACACAUACCCAGACAUGACCCCCGUAACCCACUCUGUCCCGGGAACACUCGUGCAAAUGGAGAGGUAAAUCCCGACUAUGAAAGCACUUUUCUUUUUGAAAAUGACUUCCCCGCUCUUCAGCCAGAUGCACCAGAUCCUGGUUCAGAUCAGAAUCCAUUGUUCCAGUCUAAAGCUGCCAGGGGUGUCUGUAAGGUAAUGUGUUUCCAUCCCUGGUCAGACGUCACCCUACCUCUCAUGAAAAAACAAGAGGUUGUCAAGGUGAUUGACAAAUGGGCGGAGCUUGUAGGAGAACUAGGCACCACUUAUCCCUGGGUUCAGAUUUUCGAGAACAAAGGAGCUAUGAUGGGCUGCUCGAAUCCACAUCCUCACUGUCAGGUGUGGGCCAGCAACUUCCUUCCUAAUGAGCCGGCUCUGUCAGACCGCUGUCAGAGAGCCUACCAUCAGAAACACGGAGAACCAAUGCUGCUGCAGUACGCCAAACAAGAGGCUGAGAAAAAGGAGCGUGUGGUGGUGGAGACUUCUGAUUGGCUGGCUGUGGUUCCAUAUUGGGCAACGUGGCCCUACCAAACGCUGUUGUUACCGCGACGACAUGUCCUCAGGAUCAAUGACCUGACCACAGAGGAGAGGGAGGGUCUGGCUGACAUUAUGAAGCGACUGCUGACCAAGUAUGACAAUAUGUUUGAAAUCUCGUUCCCCUACUCCAUGGGCUGGCACGGAGCCCCGACCGGCCCCCAUUUGACAGAAGACAACUCUCAUUGGCAGCUUCAUGCUCACUACUACCCUCCUCUGCUCCGCUCAGCUACAGUUAAGAAGUUUAUGGUGGGCUAUGAGAUGCUGGCUCAGGAGCAAAGGGACCUCACCCCUGAACAGGCCGCUGAGAAGCUAAGGAACCUUCCAGAAGAACACUACAAAACCAGACAGAACCUGGAACAAGGAGGAGGAAAAGAGAAAGAAGACGGAGGAAAUUGAAGUGAAAGUAAAACCAACUGUGUGAUGGUUAGAAAAAAGUACAUAUUUAUUUAAACCACAGUAUCAUUUUGGGGAAAUAUAGAAUUAAUGCAUUGCUACAAUUAAUGCAUUUUAGAAAAACUGUUAAAAUUACAUUUAAACUUAAUGACAUGUAACACGUCUGAAGUGGUGCAACGCGUUAAAGUGCCUUUGCGAACACAGGGAUUUUAAGAUAUUCUUACUUGUAAAAUACACAGUUUAUGUUUAUAUUUUUAAUACAUUUCUGUGUACACAAAGUUGGUACUGGGCUCCUUACUAUAAUCGUGCUAUGGAACUCCCAAUCCAUGUUUUAAGGAGAUAAUGAGAGAACCUGCUGUCCCUUCUGUCUUAAUUAAACAAACUUUGUGUGUUGCUUCGUUAUGAUGGAAGCCUUUUGACCACAGCUUUUUCUUUCCAACAACUCAAGGAGUUAUUUGUGAUUCCAAUUGAUGCCUUUGUUUCUUUUCUUUUAUAUAGAAAAUUGAUUUCACAGAUACAAUGUAGUCUGUUUAUGAUAACAUAAUUAAGAUCCAGAGCAUUGUUAUUAUACAGCUCCAACAGUGGUAUUGAAGAUGCAAACAUCAUUAUCAGAGUUUGAAAUUGUAAAAAAAUUGAUAUUACAGAUGGAACAUAUGUAGAAUUAAUGAAUAACGUUUGGUAUACUUUGUUGUUACAUCACACUACUGCACUGAAAGAUGUGAUAAAUUCACUUAUUUGACACUUCACCUGCCAAAGGAUGAUGCAAACAAACCGUGAAUCAUAAGUUUUCCAGAUCAGGGGGGAAACAAAGGGGUAAGGUAUAUCUAAUUCAUGAAUUAGGGAGGGAUUUUCUUGGAAAAGAUCAUGAGCUAGAAUAUCUCAGCACCCUGGAGAGAGACACAGCCUUUGUUUCUGUGUUUCAGGACCAAGGACAGAGAUAGUGACUGUACGGAGACCUUGACAAAAGGAUAACUUCACAUUUAUUUCAAGUUUUAGGGUUAAAAUAAAUAUGGGUAAUAUUGUUUAAAGACAGCCUUUAAAAAAUGUGAAUUUAUCCUUCAAGUUUGUCUACUGCAUAUCACACUAGCGAUGAGUAUGGUCCAAACUAAGGAGUGUGGAUAGGCAACAGUACUAUUUUUAAACCAGAUGCGGAGUUACAGUUGUUUCCACUGGUGGGAAGAUGUGACUCUGACCAUAAAGCAGAGGCUCAAGAGUAAUGAUAGAAUCUGGUCUCCACACACUCACUCAGAAUGGAUCUGUCCAACACCCAGUCGAUUAAUUCAGUGUGACACCUGAGACCAUCCUGUGGAGAAUAGAUAAACGGGAGCAAUAUGAACUUCACAUGUCGUCUUAAACUCCUUUGAUUGAUUUAUUAUAAUUAACUACUUCUAAAAUUAAAUUAGGAAUAUCAGCUGUUUCUAGAAAUAUGUAUUCAGGAAAAUCAAUGGUUCCUUAACUAAUAGCAGACCUAAAGAGAUUACUGAGAGCGCUUGAGAGGGGGUGGGCAAAGACCCAGUGAGCUAGAGCAUUCAUGUGGUUUAAGAUACUUGCAUCAUCCAAUCUUCUUGCAUGAAGCUCUAAAAGUAGAUGGGUAAAAACGGGUUGAAUUGUGUUUAUCAGAUGAUUUGUAAACCAUGCAAAUAAAGAUGCCAAGUUUUUUCUUGA